AGCUCAGAGCUUCAAAGAAGAAGCAGUAGCGUCACCGAACCCUGCAGCACAGCUGCGGAUAGAGGCCCUUCAGCACUGUUCUGUUAUUCUCAAACACCUAAACGUCCAAUCUUGGACCAAACUUUGUAGGACUGUUUGUUGAACCUUAAUCUAUAGUGACCAGCAGACUGAGGCGAGAGAGAUACGUUUGAGUUCCUUUGGUAAGAAAGGAUGGCGCUCCAGAAGACUGGCGUAUUGGUGUUCGUGAUCUUAAUGGUGUCGCCUGCAGAGGCACAAGACGUCCUGUACGACCCAAGAUUCUGCUACUUUUUGGAUCUGUUCCUGUUGAUCUACGGCAUUAUAAUUACAGGAAUGUUUCUGCGUGAGAGAUGCUUCAAAAGCAAACAACAGAAGGACAUUGUUUAUGAAGAUCUAAGAGGUGGACGCGCCACUUAUGAUCAACUGAAGCAGAGAGAUGUUGAGGGUGGACAAGGCCGUCGGAACCGCAGGGACCCAGAAGACACAUAUACGCGCCUGCAAAAGAAGACAGACGACACGUACAAAGAGAUCACUGUGAAGAAAGAUCGUGGCCGAAAUGACCAAGUGUAUCAGGGCCUGAGUGCUGCAACCAAGGACACCUACGAUUCACUCCACAUGCAGCCUUUGCCCCCACGUCGCUAACACGCGAACACGGCUGUUAAGUAACGUACUAAGAGUUAGAAUAGUGCAGUCCAGCUCAACAACCUGCAUUACAUAUGAUAUCAUACUUACUCUCUUAGAAAAUGCCAUUCAACUGUCUUACUAAGCUUGCUGACAUUGAGUGAUCACGGGAGACCAGUUGAUAUAGACAGAGAAUUGUUAUAUUCUGUAAAUACAAUAUAAGUAAGCCUCUAAUGUGUAAAAACUGUAACCUUUGAACCAUUUUAACCCUCCUGUUAUUAUAAAAUUUACUAAGACCCUUUAUCCACAUGAGCAAUUAGACUUAAGUAAUCUAAACCUCCAGAAAAGAGUGUUAAUAAAGUAAAUAAAUUAUAUUAGCUUCAUUUAUGCAUAACUAUCAGUGUAUCAGUAUUGUGUUGUUAGGUUAGGCUUAGACUUACCCAGAUAGCAAUCAGUCAUUUUGAAAGAUUUAGUCAAAUGAGAUCCUGAUUUAUGUUGUAUCUGGUGUGAUACGACAUUAAACAAAAAUUCCAAGAGUCCCAGUUCAAAAAUAGCUUUGCCAGUUAUUCAAAGAAUCUUCCGUUCUAAAGUGGUUUUGGAAUGCAAUAGAUAAUGAAAAAAUAAAGAAAAAGAAAGCAAAUGUUAAGGGAAAAAUUUCACAUAAAACAGUGAGGCUUCAGAGUUCUGUAACCAUCAUCUGUAGAAACUUCCAGAGUGACUUCCAGAGUUCGAGCCCAACUAUAUCAUCCAUUUUAACUGGGAAGUCAAAAUUUCCUAGUUCCGAGUAUCAUAUUUUAACUCGUAGGGGUUCGUACAGGUUGGAAUUCCUACUUUUACUAUCGUAAGACCCUCAUUGUAAAGUGUUAACCUUUAAUUUGCUGGACCAAGGCUUAAAACUGUAAAUUCUGCUUUUGAAACAUUAUAAUCUGAUAUAUAAAACAAGGUAAAGGUGUAGUUAGCUAAUUAAUUAAUGUUAGGUAGCUAAACUUUUCAGUUACGUCCAAGCUUUUUUACCAAAGUACUGUAAAGGUAAUUUAGCCGACCCUUUAAAAUAUUUACAUGCAGUUAGAUAUACAUGACCAGUAUAUUAUCAGUAAUUUCUUAGACAAUGAAAAUUUUUAGCACUAAUUAUGAAAUCAUUUUCUCCAUCCCUUAGGAGAGGCAGCAGACUGUAACGAUCUGUCUGUAGAAACUUCCUACAGGUUGGAAUUCCUAUUCAGAAAGCUGGGAUCCAAGUUCAGAAUCCAAGAUGGCGGCCUGAACAUCAACAGUAGUAAACAGGAGUAGUAUUAUAUCGUUAUUUAUCACUUCUCUCUAUCAACGUCUCAUUAAAUCAGUCACAGUAGCGUUAUGUCCGCAUUUAGAUACUAGAACUGAUAUAACAAUUUAACCUUAAUAAAAAAAAGAUUCUGAUUAAAAUUAAAUUAGGGUCAUGACAAGACAGGGUCAAAAAAUAACGUUUUGAUAAAACAUUGAAUUGAGUCUUGAACUGAACUUGAACUUACCCAAAAGAUAACAGGAGGGUUAAAAUACUUUAAAACUGCAACUUAACUAAAUGUACACAAAAAAUGGAGUAGAGUAGUUUGGUAUAUAACUCAAACUAUAUUCAUGAAUAAUCAAGGACACAUAUUUAUAUAUUUCUUGUGAAGGGCAUUUUUAUUUUCCUGAGUCUGUGCAGUUCACACAGUAUUUAGUGAGGAAACAUGUAGAGUUUCAUGUGGUUGACGGUUUGCCGUACAACAUAUAUCUAGCCUAACAAACUAUUUCAAGAACACCGAAUGAGGAGGACAAGAAUAAAAAGUUUCCAUUCAGCUUUAGAUAUUUCUGUUUGCACAAACAAAGUCAAGUCUUUUUGGUGUCAGCAGUGUUUUUUAUUUUCUUUUUUUCCAGAUCUAUUUUUAUGAUACUGAACCUAUACUGAGAAUUUAUUUGUAUUUGCUGUAAUUGUACUGCUUUAUUUUGCAAUAUCUUGCUAUAGAAAUAUCUUGCAUAGAAACUCUUGUUCUUUCAAGGAGCUUUGUGUGUACAUUUAUUUUUAGGUAUAUAAUGGUUUUGACAUGCACUCAUCAUUAAAAGAAAAAAGAAGGAUAUGUUACAGUGCUAUUUGGAGCCAAGAUAAAGGUAACCAGGAAUAACAUAUUUAAAAAAUGUAAACUGAAAGGGACUAUAUUUAUUGAGCUCACAUACAGAAGUAGCGUAGGGUAAAGUGUGGAACAUGUAAUGCAAUAUGCCAGAUGUCCUGGAAUGGAGUUCCUAAUAAUGUCCUGCAAUGAUCCAUCUUGUGCAGUUUGAAUAUUCCUGUAGAUAUUUUAUCUCACAUUUUCAAUGGUUGAUCGGUCUGGCGAUGUGGCUGGCCAUGGCAUAGCAUCUGUUACUUUAAAGGAGAACUCUGGUGCAAAAUAAACUUUGGGUGUAUUAAAAUGUGAUAAAAAGUACUUAACUUUGUUGAAAAGCCCAACUCUGCUCUCCCGCAGCUUUCUGAGAUCCAAUAUUUUGUGCUCUUUGCCCAAACAGAAUUUUAGAUGAUACGGGGCAUGUCUUGUGCCUGCAGAUAAAUCGCUUUUUCGCCGUUAUCCAGAAUCAAAGUAGCUCCACACUUCAGGUAGAAUUUGGAGAGCCCUGACAUUUAAAACAAGGCAUUAACAACGAUAAAAGUGCACAAGAAGUUUAUUAAAAACACUGUUUACAUCCUAUAGUGUAGGUAAAUCUCUGGGCGACGCCAUCUUGAAUUUAAGUUACAAUAAGUCUGCAUUUGAGCACGAAUAGUAAAACAUUUUAACAAAGUUUAUGUAAUUUGUUGUUGGUUUUUUGUAUUCUAAUAUCGACAGUAACCAGAUGUUUUUUUUUAGCAACAGCUGGAAUUCAUGCAUUUCCAAACAAUUAUUUUUGCAAUCUGCUCAAUUAUCCUACCUAUUCGUUCUUGCUCGACGGUUGACUUAUUGUGUCUUAGAUUUAAGAUGGCGGCGCCCGGAGAUUUACCUAUGCUACGGGAUGUAAACAGUGGCUUUGAAUAAACUUCUUGUGCAGUUUUAAAGUUCUAAAUGCCUUGGUUUCAAUGUCAGGGCUCUUCAGAAUCCACAAUGAAGUGUGGAGCUACUUUGAGUCUGGAUAACGGUGUAAAAAGUGAUUUAUUUGCAGGCGCAAGACAUGCCCCAUAUCACUCAUUCUAAAGCCUGUUUGGGCAAAGUAGACAAGACACUGGAUCUUAGGAAGCUGCUGGAGAGCAGAGGUGGGCUAUUCAACAAAGGUUCUUCUUACCACGUUUUAAUACACCCAAAGCCAUUUCACACUGGAGUUCUCCUUUAAGGUAAGUUCCUGCCUUGGCAGCAGUAUGUGGACAAGCAUUGUACUGUUAGAAUAGUAUGGAGCCCCUAAAGUGACAUCAUAUAUUUAAAAAAUAAUGUGUGGGAACAAGAUAGUUAAAGUUUGGGAACAAGAUCAUUAAGGCAUGGCCACGACUUAUUAAGGCGUGGAAAUUAGUUAAUUAAAUCUAGCUUGCUUUCUGUAAAUUAAUGCCCAUGAAGAAACUAAACAUUACAUCGAAGCUUUACAUCGAUAAUCUUUUGUAAAACAAAAAAAAAUGGAGAGUGAAUUGGUUUCUUUUUAUUUUCAUCUUGGAAUGAAUUAUGGUGAUAUUUUAGAGUCUCUUGCAAUGAGACUUGGCAUAAAUAAUAAAAGACACUUAAUUCUCAUACUAAAAGCUGAUUGGCUCAGACGCAGACAGUAUGCAGUAUCUGUUUACCUUCGUUAGGCAGUCAUAUUGUGCACAACCCCUGGGAGCUGCUUGCUUUGUUAGCUGCGAAACAAAAGGACCUUGUGCCCACGCCUUAAUGGCUACAAUUUAAUUAACUUCUUUCCCACACCUUAAUAAGUCAUGGCCACGCCUUAAUUAUCUCGAUCCCACGCAUUAGGAUCUCGUUCCAAUACCUUAUUGAUGGUGUCUCCCUGAUGCCUGCAAGUAAUCUACAAUAUCAUUUUAUAUAGGGCCACUUACGCAUAGAAAGUGAGUAGUCAAUAAAGUGAGUAUGACAUACAGAUAAUCCUGUUUGGCUUCUUCUUUUGCUCAGUAGACCAAUCAGUGUGAUAGGAUGCAACCUGCAGUCAUAAAAUGUCCUCUCUAUUAAAUAUUCCUCAGUCAGCUGUCAGUGAUAUUAUAACAAAGUGGAAGCGACUGGCAACGACAGCAACUCGCUCUGUUAACAUAAAAUAAGAGCGCGGUCAGCGGAUGCUGAGGUGCAUAGUGCACAGUGGUCACCAACUUCCUGCAGAAUUAAUCACUGCAAACCUCAAAACUGCAUGUAGCUCUUAGAUUAGCGCAAUAACAGUGUAAAGAGUAGAGAGAGCUUCAUGAAAUGGGUUUCCAUGGCCAAGCAGCCAUGGUCCAUCCAAGUGAUUGUGAUUCCAUACCUUCAGUGAGGAGUCCUGUUCUUAUCUAUGGUGCGCUACACCGUUAGGAACAUUUACAACUCCAUGCAGAGACUGCUGGCCUUACACGUGCAUUACCUCCUGCUUUUAUAUGUGUGGCUCAAUAAAUAUUGCUUUUUUGCUCCUGAAAACCUUUUAACAUCCUUUAAAAAAGCAAUCCAAACCUAAUUUUGGAUGAUGAGUUUUUAUGCUAAUGUAUGACUUUUAGAUAAUCCAUCCAAACAAAUAACUGUAACCAUAUUUUUGGAUUAUAAAGCACACCGGAUUAUAAGGCACACUAUCAAUAAACUUUUAUUUUUUGGUCUAAAAUACGAAAUAUAACAAUAGCAUAUUUAGAAAAGGACAGCGUAUUACAUCAUUACUGAAAUUCAAAUUGUUAAAGCAGCCUAAUUUAUGUAUAUUGUUGCU